UGUUACCACUUCAGUUGCGAUUCAGACCACGAAGCGUGAUAAUCGUGAAAAUAAAUACGAACAAAAGGAUAACAAAUUCUACGAGAAUCCUGCCGAAGGAUAUAAAAAUAAAUUCUCGAGAGUGGAAGGAAAAAAAAAAGCGAUGACAUUUGGCGGAAUUAAUUAUGAAAAGAAAAAAAUCGCUCGCGGAUUCGUGUCGCGUUCGAAAUGAUGUCUGCAAAUGAAAUUUAUAACAGCACAAAAAAAGUGUGAAUGAGGGUUAAAACACCAACAAAAAUAAAAAAAGGAUUCAAAAUUAAUAAAUUUUUUUUUUUAUAAAAAAAAAGACACACACAGUUAAUGACAUCCGGGGAAUGGGAUCUACGUGCUCUCAAGGCACUAGAAGAGGAGGAACAAGCUCAAUUUCGUGCGAUAAGUGAAUCGAAUUUAUUUAAAACCCCUCUACCGCCACCACCGCCACCUGUAUCCGGUGCAGCUUUACCAGUAAAUGCAUCGUUGUCGUCCUCUACUAGCAACCAGCAGCAACCAUCAUCACAACCACAGAUAAUCCUUCCCACAAUCAAUGAGCAUUGUGGUGAUUUAGACGGCGAUGGCCUGCUGGACGUUCCACCUCUGCCGCUAACACUUUUUCGUUCCUCCGAUGUGGCUGCAUCAACUCUAUCGCUUGGUAGAAAAAAGAAAAAACCCUCAUCAACAUCAUCAAUUCCAACACAACCAUUUUUAUUGUCGUCGGCAUUGUCUUCCGGUUCUGCUAAGCCAUCGACCGGAACUUUCUCGCCGCCGCAAUUUACUGCAUCACCCAUUUUCACACCGCCACCGAUACGAAGGUGUGCAACUUUAUCGCAUUCGGGUGGUGGUGGUCCUGCUGUACGUCGCCACUUUCGGAGUCUUCAUCAUCAGAUAUUGGGCAAGAAGAGUGCGGCUUCCGGUGGUGGUGGCGCCAACGGUGGUGGAGGUCUUGAAAGACGUCGCAGUCGUAGCAAUUACAAUUGCAAUUACACAAGUUGCACAGGAGGUGGCGGUGGCAGCAGUCCAUCGGGGACAUUGGGUGGUGGGUUAGGGUUGUCGGGAAGUCUUAGUGAUAACAACGACUACGAUUCCACAGAUAGUGGCUCGUGUACGGUCCCAUUGACCAAGGACUCCAUCGAAAUGAUGCGACUGAUGCUCUUCUCCGCAACUUCGAGUAAAUCCAAUUCACCGGAAAUACCACCAUCGAUUGCUUCAGCAUCGUCCUCUUUAUCAGCAACUGGUGGUAAUGGUGGUGUAGGUGGUGUUGGUUUGGGUGGAACAAGGCCGUUAAAGAUAUCCUCUUUAAUUCAUGAUGACAGCUGCAUGGACGAUGACAUCCUGACCAAUGGGAAUUGUAACAGUUCGGUUGGAGUCACCCGAAGACACCAUCAUCAACAACAACAACAGAAACAAAAACAACAACAACAUCGACAUAAAAGCUUUUUAAGUUUUACAGGUUGUGACAGUUUUGUGGGUGGUAUUGGUCGUGGUGGUGCUGGUGAUGGUAGAAGUGGUGGAAGCAGCAGCAAUAGCAGUGCAACGGGCGGUGGCGGUGGUGGUAGCAUAAUGGGCAUAACGUGCACAAUUCGAAAGAGUCCGACCAAAAGUCUCCUCAUGUCCGGUUGUGCCAUCGAACUGGAUGCAUCUGCACUGAAUCCCACCCGAACCAGUGAUCAGGACUCUGACAUUAUGGAUCCCUCCUCCUCCACACUGUUGGCAGCAGCAUCAUCAUCGUCCAAGGGGCAACUUCAACAACUGCUACUCGAUGAAGACUCGAGCAGUAGCGGCAUUAGGACGACAAAUCAUUUCAACGAUUUAGUUAAAUCAAUACAAUCAACAAAGUCAACAGGAAUUGCAACUGCCACGGAUGGGGUAGGUCCUCCGCCAUCGUCCCAGCAGCACCAACAUCAACAUCCUUGUUCGGGUAUGUUCGACCAUGAACUGGAGCAUCAUAUCAAACAUUGUUCCUGUUCGUGUAAUCACAUGGGAUAUGGCAACUCGAUGGAUUAUCAGACAACCGGCUUUGGUGGCCUACCCGACGUAACAGAACACUCAAACAUCCGCCGUUCGAUAUCUCGUCAAAAUUCAAUAUCCAAUAGCGAUUCGAUUGAAAUCUCAAGCAUACAGAAGACCAAAGGACUUACCAUUAAGCCCAACACAUCCAGGCAGAGUAAAAAUCAAAACGACACCCAACAACACGCUUCGUCGAAGCGUAACUUUUGCAUUUACACUUUAUCAUUGAUGGCAGCACUGGCGCUCUCCUUAGUCGCAGCCAUGCUCGCCUACCAGCAUUUCUUAAUGGCUCCCAGCCGUAAUUCACACGAACAAAGACUGAGAAUAGUGCGGAGAAUCCUUCGCGAUGUACCGUUAGUCGAUGGACAUAAUGACUUUGCCUGGAAUGUCCGCAAAUACGCGCACAGUAGUCUCGAGUUGGUUGAACUAAGCCACGAUAUGGAUCACAAGUCGAUGUGGAAUCGACCCGCCUGGUCACAAACAGACAUCACAAGACUACGGCAAGGACUUGUCGGUGUGCAAGCAUGGUCAGCAUAUGUGCCAUGCGAAGCCCAGGGGCUGGACGCUGUCCAACUGGCAUUGGAGCAAAUCGACAUCAUACAUCGACUCACCGAUAUGUAUCCGAAGGAUACAGCCUUAGUUACUUCGUAUCAGGAGAUCCUAACAGUUCGACGGCAAGGAUUAAUGGCUUCAAUGAUUGGCAUCGAGGGCGGACAUGCCAUCGGCUCAUCGUUGGGGGUAUUGCGCUCCUACCAUUCACUUGGCGCCCGAUACUUGAGUUUGACACACAAAUGUGACAUUCCGUGGGCCGGGUCGAGCGCGUCGGCAUUUGAAAUGGGACUGUCCACCUUCGGGAAGGCAGUGGUAAAGGAGAUGAACCGUUUGGGCAUGAUGAUUGACCUUUCACAAUCGUCCGAUGAGACGGCACGUGACGUAUUCCAGGUUACCCGGGCGCCAGUUAUUUUCUCACAUUCCGCAGCCCGGCAAUUGUGCAAUUCGACACGUAACAUUCCCGAUGAUGUGUUGCGAAUGGUGGCGGACAAUGGCGGACUGAUUAUGAUUAGUUUUGACUCGGAGGUUGUUUCCUGUGGACGCACCUCGACUCUGUUGGACGUGGUGGCACAUAUAAAGUAUAUUCGUAUGAUUGCUGGAAUUCAGCACAUUGGGAUUGGGGCAGGGUAUGAUGGGAUUGAACAGCCUCCGGUGGGUUUGGAGAAUGUAUCGAAAUAUCCCGAUUUGUUGGCUACUCUGCUGGAGGAUCCAAAUUGGAGUGAGGAGGAUAUUGCAAUGUUGGCUGGAAAGAAUUUUUUGCGUGUUUUGAAAUCAGUUGAAAACGUGCGAGAUUACUGGAAGCGGGCUGCUAUUCCACCGGGUGAGGUGUCGGAACAGCUACCGAAAACACAUUGCACUUAUAUGUCUUCGUGACCUAAUGUACAGGCUUUGAAAGAGAGACGUAAUCAAACACGCUUCAAAAGACGUGAUUGGACGUUUUAUUAAAUUUAGAGCAGAGCAAACAGAGGACAGGAAGUUAGUUAGUAACUAUGAAUAAAUGAUCAAAUGAACUACAACUAUGCGGCUAUAUUAAAUAUAUAUUUUUAUUUUUACUUCAUUUUCGGUCCAGGAGCUCUUAUAUCCUGUGGACCGUCAUCUUGUGAUAAAUUCUUUAAUUUAUUUUUUCUUGAGAUUUUCAAU